AGAGGGAAGGUGAGAGGGCGAGGAGUAAAGGUGGCUGGGUUGGUAUGUGGGUCUGUUGAAGCGAGCCGCCUCCAGCCCUGUUGAACUGGUGGGCCCAGGGACUGGAGUUGGAUUGAAAGGGAUCUUGCUCUCUCCCUUGAAGCCUCGAGUUGCAGCGGUUUCAGUGUCUUCUCUCCCUUUGUGAGCCUGUCUGGGUGUUUAGGCUGAACUACAGCGGCCUCCUCCUCCAGGGGUGUGCAGGCCAGGGCCUGGCCAGGCAGCAUGGCUGAUGAGAAGACCUUCCGGAUCGGCUUCAUUGUGCUGGGGCUUUUCCUGCUGGCCCUCGGUACAUUCCUCAUGAGCCAUGAUCGGCCCCAGGUCUACGGCACCUUUUAUGCCAUGGGCAGCAUCAUGGUGAUUGGGGGCAUCAUCUGGAGCAUGUGCCAGUGCUACCCCAAGAUCACCUUCGUCCCUGCUGACUCUGACUUCCAAGGCAUCCUCUCCCCAAAGUCCAUGGGCCUGCUGGAGAAUGGGCUUGCUGCCGAGAUGAAGAGCCCCAGUCCCCAGCCGCCCUAUGUAAGGCUGUGGGAGGAAGCCGCCUAUGACCAGAGCCUGCCUGACUUCAGCCACAUCCAGAUGAAAGUCAUGAGCUACAGUGAGGACCCCCGCCCCUUGCUGGCCCCUGAUACGGGGCAGCCGAAGCUGGGAACCAAUGAUGGAGGAGAAGGUGGCUCUGGCGACGUUCAGGCCUGGAUGGAGGUCGCCAUGGUCAUCCCUAGGGGCUCAGACGAGAGUGAAGGGGAAAGACAGCUAACUCAGACCUGGCCUGGCCCUCCGGCCUGUCCCCAGGGCCCUGCCCCCUUGGCUUCCUUCCAAGAUGACCUGGACAUGGGCUCCAGUGAAGGCAGUAGCCCCAACGCAUCUCAACAUGACGGGGAGGAAGCUCGUUCCCCACGACAGAAACCUCGGGGCUGUAGGUGCCUGCUGGACCGCUUCCAAGACUUUGCCCUGAUCGAUGCCCCAACAUUGGAGGAUGAGCCCCAAGAGGGGCAGCAGUGGGAAAUAGCCCUGCCCAACAACUGGCAGUGGUACCCAAGGACAAAGGUGGAGGAGAAGGAGGCUUCAGACACAGGUGGGGAGGAACCUGAGAAGGAAGAGGAAGACCUGUACUACGGGCUGCCAGACGGCCCCGGGGACCCCCUCCCGGAUGAGGAACUUGAGCCUGACACCCAGGGCUGAAGUGGUUGUGCUCCAUAGCUUCUAGUCUAGAACUGCUGCUAACCCCUGUGUGACAUCACAGGGCCUCAGUUUCCCUAUCUGCAAAAUGGGAUGAUAUGGAGGUUCAAUGAGAUGGUGGCAUUUUGAGAAUGGUAAAGAAAUGCACAGGGAGGGGAUGGUGACUA